AUGGAGAAGCUUCACCAUCCCAAAGCAGCUUUGACACAAUACUCGCACGCGCUGAAUCUAGCGCCGAACUCGGCACUUGCACGAUUCAAAAAGGCUCGGGUUUUGAUGAGUCUGAAGCUCUAUCCGGAUGCUCUCGUGGAGCUGGAAGUACUCAAGAAUUUAGCACCAGAGGAGGCCAACGUUUUCUUCUUGCUCGGAAAGUGCUUCAAGGGACUUGGAAGACGAGCAGACAGUGUGCGCACUUUUACUACUGCGCUGAAUCUUGAUGCAAAGGUAAGACUCGAGGAAGAUGAUGGCGUAUGCGCUUGCUAA